AUGUUUAACACUACUGAUGUUUUUGUGUUUGAAGAAGAUAAUAAAUUAUUAAUCAAUGGUUCUACAACAAAACAACCAAAUUUACCUAGAGUACGGUUAUCUAAUACUGAAACAAUGAGUGAAAAGUCUCGAUACAGAUCCAUAGAACGUACUAAAUUACGAGAAAGAUUAAAAAUGUGUCAAACAAUACAAUCCACUGGAAAACUACAACUUUCUGAAAACAAGGUGUAUGAUUUUACAUCAGAUGAUUUACAAGACUUAGGAGAGAUUGGUCGAGGUGGUUUUGGAACUGUGAACAAAAUGUUACACCGUAGUAGCGAUACAGUUAUGGCUGUUAAGAGGAUAAGAUCAACUGUUGAUGAAAAUGAACAAAAACAAUUACUAAUGGACCUGGAUGUUGUGAUGAAAUCGAAUGAAUGUCCUUAUAUUGUACAGUUUUAUGGAGCUCUUUUCAAAGAAGGGGAUUGUUGGAUUUGUAUGGAACUUAUGGACACAUCACUGGAUAAAUUCUAUAAAUAUGUCUAUGAAAAAUUAAACCAACGUAUCCCAGAAAAUAUAUUAGGAAAAAUAACUGUUGCGACUGUAAAAGCAUUGAAUUACCUUAAAGAAAAAUUGAAAAUUAUUCACCGUGAUGUUAAGCCCAGCAACAUUUUAUUGGAUUCUCGAGGAAAUAUAAAACUCUGUGACUUUGGUAUCUCAGGGCAGUUGGUAGAUUCUAUAGCUAAAACUAGAGAUGCUGGCUGCCGUCCUUAUAUGGCUCCGGAAAGAAUUGAUCCAGUUCGUGGUCGAGGAGGUUAUGAUGUCCGUUCAGAUGUUUGGUCCUUAGGUAUCACCCUAGUCGAAGUUGCUACUGGGAGGUUUCCAUAUCCAAGAUGGAGCUCUGUUUUUGAACAAUUAUGUCAGGUUGUUCAAGGAGAUCCACCUCGAUUGCAAGCUUCUAACAAUUUUUCUCCAAAUUUUGUGAAUUUCGUAAAUACAUGUUUGAUAAAAGAAGAAAAUCAAAGGCCUAAAUAUAACAAAUUACUAGAACAUUUAUUCAUAAAGCGAAGUGAUGCUGAAAGCGUAGAUGUAGCUUCUUAUAUUAGUGAAAUAAUGGCAGCAAUGGAAAAUGAUGGUGCAUUCAUGUACACRAUGAAUGACCCUUGAUAGUGUUUUUAAUUUUGUUCAAAAGUACACAGUCCAUAGGUACUUAAUACAAAUCAAGAUUUAUUUAGUUUCAGUGAACUUACUCAAUCAGUUGUAAAUAAUUURGUUUCAUAUUAUCUUGAGGAUUUAUUUUUCCGAUAAUUAUGGCAAACUUCCGACAAUUUUUUAAUAGUUUUUGACUAAAGUUUUUGCUUUCAAGACAAAAUAACUUAACAGUAAGAUGACAUAUUAUUUUAUUAUUAUUACUACCAUUAUUAUUGUUGUUGAUAUCUUAAGACAAAUAGAGUAACAUGAAAACCAUAAUAUGGCAGUUUUUUUGUCUCGCAAAAUUUACGAUGACUUGGAUUUUAAUUUAUUUCUGUCAGUUUUAUUUGACUUUAUGGAAGGUAAUUAUUUUACACACAAAUCUCGUUUUGGAGUAAGUUUUUUAUCCAACUACUACAAAUAUCUGUAGUAUAAAGGAUGUGACUAUUGUAUAUCAUAUAGAUUUGUGUGAUUGGGCUAAAAGUUCUAUUUUCUUGUACUUGGAUGGUAGUUAAAUAAAUCUACUAAAGUCACAUAGGGCAAACUUGUAUUAUAGAAUAAUUUAGAUAUGACCUAAAUAACCCACUGAAUAUAAAUAAUUAACUAGAGAUAAAUUAAAUUGAUAUCUUUGGUUGAACAUAAUUUUAUAAAUUAAUUUGUAUGUAUUGUAUUUUUACAUAGUUUUGUCUUUAGUAAACUUUUAAUAGAUUGAACUUAUUUGACAAAAGUCCACAUAGUGCCUUUUUAGACUCAUUUUAUACACAAGUUCCAUCAAAAUUGGGCCCAAAAUAUAAUUUAAGAUAUAAAAGAAGUAAUACAUUGUUUCUAGUUUUGUACCCAUUACUGUGAUAAUUUAUGUUUUUUUGCAAAAUUUUCUUCUYGUGUGUAUACCAAUUAUGUUUUAAAUUCAUGUAAUCAUGUAUUAUAUUUUAAUUGAGUUAUUAUUUUGUUGUUCAAAACUCAAAUACAUCUAAUUAUUAUAUUCCAUUAUUAUAUUUAAGUAUUGGUUGUCUGGUCGCUGUUUAAGAACAUUGGCUAUAUAUUUUAAUAAAGAUUACUUACAGACUAAAAAAUAUUUUUGUUUUCAAUUAAAAUUCAUUUUAAUAAAUCCUAGUCUACAAAKUCAUAAAGAAUAUAUCAAUGUUGUUAAACAGUUAAAAAUACUACAAAUACAUUUUUGUAAUAUGUUAGUGUAAUUAAAUUGUAGCCUUAUAUAUUUUUUCAUUAAUUUUGUAUAAUGAUAUCAAAUACCUACUAAACUAAAAUAACCAUCACAAAACACAUAGUAGGUAAUUGUAUUGUAAUUGUAAUCACCAUUUAUUUUCUAGAUUAUGUCAUUGAUUAAAUUCAAGUUCACUAGUUCAAACUGACUUUCUGGUAUUUAUGUAUAUACAUUUAUGACAUUAUUAGUUAUGCAUUUCAGUAGUACUGUUCACUAAAAUAAACUUAUAAUAAAAAAAAUAAAAGAACAAAUUGAAAAUAGAUUUAUUUAAUAACAUAUAGAAUGGCUAUAUAUUUGGACGCUUUAGUGACAAUCAAAGCUUUACAAUAAAAAAUGUUCU